AGCCGAAAUAAGCGAAAAUACAACUUGUUUAAUAAUUUAAUUUUGAGAAAACUCCAACGAGAUAAAAUUAUAAAACAAUGCCAGACUAUUUGGGAGACGAUCAACGUAAAGUAAAACACGAAGAAAAGGAAGAGAAAGAAAUAAAAUCUUUAGAUGAAGGCGAUAUUGAAUUGUUGAAAACUUAUGGACAAAGCCAAUAUCACAAAGCCAUCAAAAUCAUCGAAGAAGACAUACAGAAGGCAGUGAAGCAAGUCAAUGAGUUGACUGGCAUCAAGGAAAGUGACACAGGUUUGGCACCACCAGCCCUUUGGGAUUUGGCUGCCGAUAAACAAAUUUUGCAAAAUGAACAACCCCUCCAGGUUGCCAGAUGCACAAAGAUUAUCAAUGCCGACUCAGAUGAUCCCAAGUACAUUAUCAAUGUUAAACAAUUUGCCAAAUUUGUUGUGGACUUGGCCGAUUCAGUAGCUCCAACUGAUAUUGAAGAGGGUAUGCGUGUUGGUGUAGAUCGCAAUAAGUAUCAAAUUCACAUCCCAUUGCCACCUAAAAUUGAUCCAACUGUCACCAUGAUGCAGGUUGAAGAUAAGCCGGAUGUAACCUACAGUGAUGUGGGAGGUUGCAAGGAACAAAUUGAAAAGUUGAGAGAAGUCGUCGAAACCCCUUUGUUGCAUCCCGAAAAAUUUGUCAACUUGGGUAUUGAACCACCAAAGGGUGUACUGUUGUUCGGCCCUCCUGGUACCGGUAAAACUCUUUGCGCCCGUGCUGUUGCCAAUCGUACAGAUGCUUGCUUUAUUCGUGUUAUUGGUUCGGAAUUGGUACAGAAAUAUGUGGGUGAAGGUGCUCGUAUGGUUCGUGAACUCUUCGAAAUGGCCCGUUCCAAGAAAGCUUGUCUUAUUUUCUUCGAUGAAAUUGAUGCCAUUGGUGGGGCACGUUUCGAUGAUGGUGCCGGUGGUGAUAAUGAAGUACAACGUACUAUGUUGGAACUUAUCAAUCAAUUGGAUGGUUUUGAUCCCAGAGGUAAUAUCAAGGUUUUGAUGGCCACCAACAGACCAGAUACCCUAGAUCCUGCCCUUAUGCGUCCCGGACGUUUGGAUCGUAAAGUUGAAUUCGGUUUACCCGAUUUGGAGGGACGUUCUCAUAUCUUUAAGAUUCAUGCCCGUUCUAUGUCCGUUGAGCGUGACAUACGUUUUGAACUGUUGGCACGUCUGUGUCCCAACUCUACGGGUGCUGAAAUUCGUUCCGUUUGCACAGAAGCUGGUAUGUUUGCCAUUCGUGCUCGUCGUAAGGUCGCCACCGAGAAGGACUUUUUGGAGGCUGUCAAUAAGGUCAUUAAGAGUUAUGCCAAAUUCAGUGCAACACCACGUUACAUGACCUACAAUUAAAAAAUUA